UGCGGUCUUAAGAUUGUGUGCCAGGUUGCCGGUAUCAACGUAAAAUUUGUGAUUUUGUAGCAGUAGUAGAUCUGGCAAUUGGAUUUUAAAAGAUCCACGAACAUCAAACAAUAAAGAAUAUAAUGUCUUUUAAGAAGCGUAUAUUGUUUUGCAUAACCAUUUCAUUCUUACAGUUUCACACGUUUGCGCAAGAUAUCAUUAAUCUCAACCUAGUAAAUAACAAAGUAGAAAGAAACAUAGAUAUAUCAUCGCAGAUAGUCGAAAUAACCACUGAAGUUACUAUAGAGAAUACUGGAAAAGAACCAGCAUUUUAUACGCUUUUUUCACUUGAACCAGAAGCAAGACUUCACUUGGCAUAUAUUGGAGCAGUGUCUCAGGAAGAAGGGAAACCAACCUUGAGAGUUUUCCCCACUGCUAUUGCUGACAACAAAAAAGAAGCAUUUUGGAGGAUUGAACUUAAAACUCCUUUACAAACAGGAAGAACAGUUACUAUAAAGGUGGAGACUGUUUUUACACAUUUCUUGAUCCCAUAUCCUUCACAAAUUACUCAAUCUGAACGUCAGUUGGUGUACUACCAUGGCAAUCACUACUAUUACUCUCCUUACCUAACAAAAACUCAGACUACAAAACUCACCUUGGCAUCUAACUCAGUUGAAUCUUACACAAAAUUGAAGCCUGUUUCUCAGACUGAUGCAACAAUCACUUACGGACCAUAUGAAAAUGUUGGACCCAUGAGUUUUAACAAGAUGACAGUCCAUUCAGAAAACAACAACCCAUUUCUAGCUGUAAGUAAACUCCACAGAGCCCUGGAAGUUUCUCACUGGGGUGUAAUUUCUGUUGAAGAAGAGAUUGAUAUCCACCAUGCUGGAGCUGUGCUUAAAGGCCCUUUUUCUCGUUAUGAUUAUCAAAGAGAUCAGAGUGGUGUUUCCUCUGUUAAGGUUUUUAAGACUGUUUUACCAGCAUCAGCCAUGGAUGUUUACUACAGGGAUGAAAUUGGUAAUAUUUCUACUAGCCAUAUGCGGGUUUUGGAUGAUUCAGUAGAGCUGGAGCUGAGACCACGUUUUCCUUUGUUUGGAGGAUGGAAGACACACUAUGUACUUGGCUAUUAUGUUCCAACUUAUGAAUAUCUGUUUAAUUCAGGGGACUAUUAUGUUCUGAAGAUGCGAUUUGUUGAUCAUGUGUUUGACGAUAAUGUGAUCGAUCAUGCUGAAGUAAAAGUCAUCCUACCAGAAGGAGUGAAAGACAUCCAACUAAAAUUACCAUACCAAGUUCAACGAAAACCAGAUCAGCUUCAUUUCACGUACCUCGAUACCAUUGGUCGGCCUGUCAUAAUACUUGAAAAAUCAAAUCUAGUGGAACAGCAUAUUCAAGACUUUGAGAUUCACUACAAGUUCCAGAAAAUUUUGAUGUUGCAAGAACCACUUUUGGUGGUGGUGGCCCUCUACUUACUGUUUAUCCUGGUCAUUAUUUAUGUGAGGUUGGACUUCACAAUUUCAUGGGAUCCACAACGGGAAAGCAGACUACAUGCUUCUGGUCUUGUGGAACGAGUGUUGAAACAUCAGGACAAACUGACUGACAUUUAUUUUCAAUAUGAUGCAGCAUUGAUGAAAUACAAAGUUAAUAAGGACAAUAGUUCCUAUCAGGCUACAGUUAAAAAACUUAAUUCUGAUCACAAGAAUGAAGCACAGGCUAUUGCAGAAGCUCUAAGUAAGAUGAAACAAGAUGGUUCUGAGUUGGUAGAAAAGAUAUCAGAGCUGCAACGCCUUGAUCGUAACCUGAAAGAACAAUUUCACCAUCAUAUGACACUUGUUGAGAAACUGAUAUCUGGAAAAAUGAACAAACUGACUUUUGUCGAGUCGGAGGCUGCCAUCACACGUAAGAAGGAAGAACUUGCAGAAAAAUUACAAGCUCUUACCAAUUCUUUGUAACCAGCUGCCUGUUAUCAUUACAACAAAUCAGAUAAAUAUUCAUUAUAAACAUUUUUUUUCUCCCACUAUCCUAUCUUGGUGUUGGAAAUUUACUUAAGUAUUGAAUUGCUUUUUAAAUAGAACAUUUAGACAGUCAAUCACUAGCAGUUUCUAAGGAAGCUAAAUAAAUAUGUUACAGCAUGGACUAAACAUUUAACAGAAAUUAAUAUGUAAGUGCUUUAAACUUCAUUAUAUUUCGUUAUUGAUUUAGUAGUGAUCACAGUGUUUCCUUGUUUCCAUAUUUUAUGUCUAAUCAUAGAACAAUAGAGAAAUUCAUAAAAACUGAAUUUAAGAUAAUAAUAAAUCUCUGCAGUGACAUAUAUAUAUAUGUGUGCCUAUUAAUAUAUGACAAUUUUGAAGGCUGUAACAUUGGGUAGAUCAUUCAAAAGUGCAGACUCAACUUUACAUAUAGCCCAUUAAAUUGCACUUCUUCAUCACACCAAUAAUUGCACUAAUGAUAAACUAAUCAAAGGUUUUUUAUCUGUAAAAUGUUAAAAUUACAGAUAAAUUUAGUGUCUAUUUAAGUAGAGUUGUAUUAAUUACUGUAUUUUUUUUGUCUCUCUACCACAUAAUGUUAUAGAGUAAUAAUUAAAGUGCUUAUGAAAAGGAUAUAGUAUAUUAUGCUAUAAUACUGUAUGAAAGCACAAGCCAGUUGUCAAAGAACACCUAAAAAUAUGCCCAUAUAUUCUUAUUAUACAGUGUUCAAAUUGUAAACUCAAAACUGAUUUCAGUUACUAACCAAGAUAAAUAAUCUUUAAAUUAUGGAAAAGGAGGAAAUAUUUUUUUUUAAUUUGUUGGCUUAAUUAAUAUUAAAAGAAGGCUUUUACAUCAUUUAGUUGUCAAAAAGGGAUUAUUAUACAGAUUUCUUAAUAAAUGUGAUGUCACAUGAAAUGUAAGCAAAACUCAUAAAUUUCACUGCUUGGUGUUAUGCUUUUGUUUUUUACAAAUAAAGAAAGAUUUCCAUAAUUAGAUGUUAGUUACUGUGGUUUAUAAGUAUGUUGAUUCCCUAUGUUUUGUGGAUGUACAUGGUUCUUAUCAGUUUGACUAAUGUUGGUUUUAUUUUUCACUUCCAAUUUUUGUAUCAAACUGCCAAACUAUAAGACAUUAAUUCAGUUUAAAAUAUAGUUUGUGUUUACAUAAACCAACAUCUGAUGACAUAGUAAAGGAUUUAAGGAUGUAUAGUAAUAUUUGAAGUUAUGUUGUUCAAACUGUCCCAUAAUGUUAACAAAUGGCACAGGUUUCUUCACACCAUAUAUCUUGUAGAAAAUUUCAAAGGCAUCAGUUGUUAAUCAAGCAUUAAUAACUCUUGUCUUUGUCUCAUCUUGUGGUAAAGAAAUAAAUUGUAAUCUUUGACCAAAUUUAAAAAUUUUUCAUUGAUCAGAAAGUUUUAUACAAACAAAUAAAAAAAACUGUUGUGUAAAAAUAAUCUCUCACUGACUGUAGUAUGAUCUGAAACAAUAAGAAACCCCUGUUAACAUU